UACAUACACAUUUAUCCACAGAAAAAGAGAGAGAAAAAAAAAGAGAAAAGAAACCAAUUGGGUCCUUAAUAGAGAAAGAAUCCAAGUGUGAUCUUGGUGGAUGUUUUUGUACGUAUGUCAAACAAUCAUCGAAACUAAUUAAAGAUCCAACAAUAUUUUUAAAGAUCUUGAAUUCUUGAUCCAUCCUUCUCUAUUUUUUCUCUCCCCUUGAAAAGCUUUUGUAUAUAUUGUUGUCAUCAUGGCAAUGGAUUCAGAUCUCUCGAUGAUUCUUCCAAGGGUUCUCAUCGUCUCUCGACGAACUGUACGCAAGAACAAGUUCGUAGAUUUUGUGGGAGAAUAUCACCUAGACCUCAUAGUAAGCUAUGGAGCAGUCCCAGUCAUAGUCCCCAGAGUCCAUGGACUCCACAUGCUCCUCGACAGCUUCGAACCCAUCCAUGGUGUCCUCCUCUGCGAAGGCGAAGACAUCGAUCCAUCCCUCUACGACUCCCAACUCUCCGACUUCUCCCCAGAAGAGCUCCAACAAAUCAAACAACUCCACGCAAGCGACACAGCCAUAGACCGCGAAAAAGACACCAUCGAGCUCAGACUCGCAAAGCUCUGCUUGGAAAAAAAUAUACCCUUUUUAGGCAUAUGCAGAGGCUCACAAAUCCUCAAUGUUGCCUCUGGGGGUACCCUAUACCAAGAUGUAGAGAAAGAGAUUUUGAAAAAGUGUCCUGAAAAUCGUAGGGUUGUUCAUAUAAACUAUGAUGAUUAUGAUCAGCACAGGCAUGUUGUCAGGUUGGUGGAGGACACACCUUUGUGUAAAUGGUUUGGAGGGUGUUUGGAAGGUGAGAAAAUGGAGAUUAGGGUGAAUAGUUAUCACCAUCAAGGUGUGAAGAGAUUGGCUGAGAGGUUUGUGCCAAUGGCUUUUGCUGAGGAUGGGUUGGUUGAAGGGUUUUAUGACCCAGAUUGUUAUGAUCCUGAAGAGGGUAAGUUUAUUAUGGGUCUUCAGUUUCAUCCUGAGAGAAUGAGGAGACAAGGUUCUGAUGAGUUUGAUUAUCCUGGAUGCCCUUCCGCUUAUCGGGAAUUUGUGAAAGCUGUAAUAGCUUAUGAGAAGAAACUAAAAGGUUUGGAUCGCAUACGAAAGGCUCCAAAGCUUGAUAUGGAGGAAUUGGAGAAGAAGAGAAACAUAGUUGUGAGAAGUUUCUCCAUUGCAAAAGACUUGUACAGCACUGGACGUGGGACAGUUUCUGCCCAAGAGUCUGAACUCGAACCCGGAGCUCAAUUUCUUGAGGCAAACACGGCAUUGAGUAGGCAGCAGGAGAAAAGGCUGAAGCAGAUGGGAGCAACAGUGAGGAAUUCAUCAGUGUACAUCGACAGAUUGAGGAUGAUGAGGAUGGUGAAUGAAGAGAGGGAGAGAGUUGCUAGGACUAUUAUGGCCAAAAUGUCUAUAGAUCAGUUAUCUGAUCUCAGCUCCUUUUACCACUUGAUGUCUCAGAUUUGUUCAGAUGCAUUAGAUAGGAAGCUUAAUGGUCUUAUAAUCAAUGAAUGAAGUAGACCACCUUAAUUAAAAUAAUUCUAUGUACCCCACCUUCACCCUAAAUUUAUCCCGAAUGAGAUUGUGUGGUUGAUAUUAAAUUUGUAUAGUGUGAGAUUCAUGUAUUAAAUAAAUCAAAAUUACAAUAUAAUAAUUCUGAAUAAUUUCUGGAUAAUUAAGUAAGAAUAUUUGUAGUACUACUAUAAUCUAUAACCUAUAUAAAAAGAAUGUAAGAGUGGUGUAACAUGGUGUAACGCUAGGCUUCUUCCCUCAUAGAUUUUGGAUUGGACAUGUGGGUUCCUAGAAUUUCCCAAACCGGUGCUAUGUUGUUUGGUUAUUUCCCAAAGCUCCUGCCUGCAAGGUGUGGAUUCAAAUCAUCCACGCCGACUAUGAGAAAGAAAACAAAUUUUGCCCCUUUGAAGAGUAGCCUUCACCAACCCACAAGUCCACGGAGAAGCCCCAACUUGAAUUUGUGGGAGUGCGCAAUUGCCAUUGUUGCUGUCACCUAUAACAUCUCAAUCUUAUGGCGGUGUAUCAGUUGCUGUUGAAUUGGGAAAAUGCUAAGUUGUCUUCAAAGGGUGUAGCGGCGAAGCGGCAGAACUAUACAUCUUUCGAAAGUGCUGAAACCAAGAACAACAAGUGCACAACUAGACAACCAGGUGUGUGCAAUUCCCUACUACGUUCUGCUUUCCUCUGUGUUCUGUAUUUUCUAUUGGUGUUUUUGCGAACUGAAACUCCAUUCAGCUUUGUAUUUUAAUGCUCUUUUGAGAUGGCUGGACAAUCUGGUAUGUAAAUAGCUGUUUCCAUGCUUAUUGGUCUUCCAAGAUGUGCCACCAUGUGGUUUCUAUGUUC